UGAACUAGAAGAGUUAGAUUUCGAUAUUGAAUUUAUUCCAGGUAAAGAUAAUGUAUGUGCUGAUGCAUUGUCGAGAAUACCACAUAAUUCAGAAGAUUUGAAAACAUUAAGUAUCCUUAAAGUGAACACAAGAUCGUUGACUCGAUCUUUAGAAACUAGUAAACAAUCCAAGGAUGUGUCGAAACCACUGAACAAGAUUCAGUUCGAGUGCAACUCCGGUCGUGUUAAGUCGCAUCGGCGCAAUCGGUGCUCGCGGUUAUUAAUUAAAAAGGUGUCAUAUUACGCUCCCGGCCUACCGGCGCAAACGAUUACUAGGCAAACGAACAAAGUGAACAACCUUACAGCAUACGCGAAUGCAAAUUAAAUCAAAAUCAGCUGGCGAUAACCGAGUCAGAUGAACAACCUUAGUUUCCCCCGUUUGGGGGAAACCUCUGGCGGAGGUUCCAGAGAAAAAAUUAUGGUGAUUGAAAGACAAGAGGAAGGCAAAAAUCUUCAUGGCGUGUCUCCAGUGCUAGUGGAGAAGACCAUCCAAAGCUAUUGUGGAACAGUCAUUGCUGCAAAGAAGACCAAGGAUGGAAAAAUCUUCGUAACAGUGCGGAACGAGAGCCAAGUCAAAAACUUGGCUAAAAUAAGCAAACUAGCUGAUGGAAUAACGGUCAAGGUAUACGAGCACAAAUCACUGAACUCGUGCAAAGUCGUCGUCUUUUGCCGUGAUGUGAAAAAUGAUACAGACGCCGCUAUUUUAACAAUCGUAAAAGUACAAGGAAUAACGGAAGUAAAACAAAUUAUGAAGGGCCCGGAGGACAACAAAACUCCCACCGUCAUAUUCAUAUUGACCGUGAAGGGAAUCUGUCCUCCCAAGGAAAUAAAACUAGGAUAUCUGUUACUGGAGACCCGGCCAUGGUACCCGAACCCGCUAAGGUGCUUCAAGUGCCUCAAGUUCGGACACACUAGCAAGGACUGCAAUAGUGAAAAAAAAUGUAGCAAGUGUGGUGAAGCAUUCCACGAUGCAUGCAACAACGAAGCCAAAUGUGUGAACUGUAAAAAUGAGCAUGGCGCUUUCGCCAAGGAGUGUCCAGUGCUUGCUAAGGAAAAACAACUCACAAAGCUAAAAAUCGACAGGAACAUUACCUUUUGGGAAGCCAGGAAUAUUGUUGAAGAAGGACUCAAAACCAAGUACUCAAACACCGUCAAAGCUUCGAUCGACGAAGAAGUGAAAAGGCUUACAGAAGAAAACAGUGCUCAAAGUGCAAAAAUCGAUGAGUUAAACGAAGAAAAAAAGACAUACGCUGAGACCCUGAAAAAUGAACUGGAACUACAAUUUGACGCAAAACUGAACCAAUAUAAAGAGAAGCUGAAUAACUCCAUUCAAGAAAAAGUUAAGAAAAUGGAACAAAUGGAGGAAAAUAUGCUAGCACUACAGAAAAGAUGCGAACACCUCGCAACUUCGUACAAAGAAGAAAAACACCGAAGAAAGCAGGCUGAAAAAGAAGUUGAAAAACUUAAGGAGAACUGCAUCAAAUCACCCCCCAGGAAGAAGAAAGGAGUCACCGAAAUGACACCGUACUAA